CUCCUCCUCUUCUUCCUCCUCCUCCUUCCCCUCCUCCUUCCUUUUGCUUCCAUCGUGGCUAUUCUCUAUUUUAUGGCUAAAAUCUACUUAUAAUUUAGUACAUACUGUGAAUGUUCUUUUGGAUCGGGGUUACUUCACUCAGGAUGAUAUUUUCUAGUCCCAUCCAUUUGCCUACAAAAUUCAUAAUGUCCUCGUUUUUAAUGGCUGUGUAGUAUUCCUUUGUGUAAAUAACUGGAUGUCUGAAUGUAGAAGAAUGCAAAUAGGUCCAUAUUUAGCACCCUGCACAAAACUCAAGUCCAAAUGGAUCAAAAACCUCAAUGUAAAACCAGAUACACUGAAUCUAAUAGAACAGAAAAUGGGGAAUAGUCUUGAACUCCUCUGUACAGGAGACAACUUCCUAAAUAGAACACCAGUGCCUCAGGCACUAAGGUCAGGGAUCAAUAAAUGGGACCUCAUUAAACCGAAACCCUUCUGCAAGGCUUAGGACACCAUAAAUUGGACAAAUGGCCUCCUACAGAUUGGGAAAAUAUCUUCACUAACCCUACAUCUGACAGAGGCUAAUAGCCAAAAUUUAUAAAGUACUGGAGAAGUUAAAUACUAACAACCCAAAUAACCCAGUUACAAAAUGGGGUGCAGAGCUCAACAGCAGGAUCGAAUGGCCAAGAAGCACCUAAUGUUCAAUGUCUUUAGUCAUCAGAGAAAUGCAAAUCAAAAUGGUUCUGAGAUUCUCCUUAUAUCUGUCAGAAUGGCCAAGAUCAAAAACUCAAGAGAUAGCACAGGCUGGCGAAGGUAUGGAGCAAGGGGAACACUCUUCCAUUGCUGGGGGGAGUGCAAACUUAUACAACCACUUUGGAAAUCAAUUUGAAAGUUGCUAAAAAAAUAAAACUGGGAAUAAUUCUACCUCAAGGCCCAGCUGUACUACUCCUGGACAUAUAUCUAAAAGAUGCUCCACCACCACACAAAGACACUUGCUCUACUGUGUUCAUAGCAGCUUUAUUCAUAAUGGCCAGAAAUUGAAAACAACCUAGAUGUCCUUCAGUUGAAGAAUGAAUAAAGAAUAUGUGCUUCAUUUACCCCAAGAAUUCUUGAAUGGUUUUUAUUUCAAACUGUUCCCUUAUUUUCUUCCUAGUCUACGUUUUAGAAAGUGCUAUUGAACAGCUUGUGGGGGCGAGACACUGUAUUGGAUACUAUGACCAGUAAAAUAUGUGUGGGAUGUGGGAUGCACAGAUCUCUGUUUCUCAUCUUGCAUCUCAUGUAGACUUAAGAUGCUAAAUUUAUCCUCACGUGCAUUUUCCCAGACAUUAGAUGUAAACCUGAGAUUUAAACUUCAAGUUUGAAGUUGCAAUGACACAGAUUGACCACACGAUGGUGCCCAAAGUCUAUACAAAGUGAGGGAGUUGUCUUAUUCCCAAAGGUGGGUGGAACUUCCGUUAAUGAGUUUGGAAAAGGAGGUACCACACAAAAGGAUGAGUGUUGUGUGUGGAUAUGCACACAGAGGCAGAAACACGUUUACAGACUUUGUAAGCAUUCUUAUAUGCGCUAGGAAAUCUACAGGGGAGUCUUUUGUGUGUUGUUGAGGAAGUGGAAGGAAAGCUAGUUCUCCAGUUUGGGAGAAUAAAGAUGGCUGCUUAAAUGAUUUGUUCUCACCUCUCUUAUGGAGAAAUAUUACAGGGAGAUUGAAAAUGUCUAAGUUUGUGUGCUCGAUGCAGACAGGGCUAGUAGAACACACUCACGUGGGACUCCAGGUGAAGCCUUUUACCUUCCUCCCUCCCCAUUUCUUCUCUUUUAAAAGAAUCCUGACAAGAGUCUCAUUAUAUAGCCCAGGACAGCCUCUAACUUAUGAUAAUCCUCCUGCCUCCAACUCCCUAGUGUAGUCUUUACAGGUAUGUUCUAUACUGUGUACUGUUGGUUUUCUUUUUCGUUUAUUAUUAUUUUAUUUUAUGUGUAUGAGUGUUUUGCCUAUAUAUAUAUGUAUUUGUACCUUGUGUGUGCCCAGUGCCCAUAGAGGCCAGAAGAGGAUGCCAGCUCCCCCAGAGCUGGAGUUACAGACAGUUCUGAGCCGCUGUGUGGAUGCUGGGAAUGGAACCUGGUCCUUUGGAAGAGCAGCCAGUGUUCUUCACUGCUGAGUCGUCUCCAGUCCUGAUUAGAUUUUCCCAAGAUGAAAAGAUAACAAAUAAUUGAAGAAGUUAUCAGUUUCAUUUUAGUGUGAGGCAGAUAGUUAAACUAGUUUUAAUGUACUUUCUCCCUAAAAGGACUUUUUUCUUACAAUAAUGAUCAUGCAGUUUUGUUAUUGAGCAGGGCCUAGGAGUUUUCAUGACAUGAUGGACUAGAGAGGGAAAAGGCCCCCUGCUCUUGGACUUUUGAGAAUAGACAUGAGCAUUUCUUAUUCUCUUACCAUUUUUUCCUAGAUCCUAAUGAGAGAACCAGGAACUGUCUCUCACUGAUGUGAACUCAGAAGGUGACACACACCAUCGGGAAUGUUGUAUAUUUUCUGAGUCUUUGUCUCACCCAUACUGGUGACUGUUUAAUUUUGAAGUAUUUUACAAAAUCCUGACUAUAUUCAAGCAAGGAUGCUAUUGGUGGCUCGUAUCUGUCUACCCAGACAUAUUUAAUUGAGAGUCCUACUGAAGCGAUUACUGGGGUUGAGGCUCUUAUUAAUGAGAGUCCUUUGGAAAUAGGAUGCAGGCUGAAGUUGUGACCCCAGUUCCCCAGAUGCUUCACCUUUGAGAGACCCUUUGCUAGUUUGGAUGAUGUCCCAGAUUUACAACUACCAGUUAGGUAGACUUGAAAUCAUCAUAAAACAGCUCCACAGCUGUUCAGGGGUUAAAACGGUAAACAAAGGUGCUAAUUAUAUGACUUCAGGAUCCCACAGAAUGAAUACACACAGGAUUGUAAAUAGAAAAGUUAAAAAAAUUAAAAGGACUGUUUGGCCUUAUUUUCAGUUAAGGAGUUAAACGUGUAGGGUGCUUUGGGCUAUGAACUUUCCUGUAUAUUUUAUUUUCUAAAAAAAUAAGGGCUGUCUAGCAUCAAGCAUCAAUUUUUAAAAUUUGAAAAAUAAAUAGCAACACUUUUCUGUGUGAACAUCAAGUCUCAGGCCAUCAGAGCAAGCAUUUGGUGGUGAGUGUUUUGAAUCAUCAAAGGUAUUUUUAAAGCCCAGAUGCCUUCUUGAAAAAUAAAUGUUAUCACUUUUAAAAUGAUCUAGAACGAAAGGCUUUGGGUAGCUGUUUCAAUGGUGAUGUAAAAUUAAUGAGCUCACUCUCUGCCAUGGGACCCAUGUAUUGUCACCCUGACUGACUUGACUCUUUCACACCGAUGUUCUGCUUUCAUACGCUAACAGCAUCAAGGGAAGGAGGCUGCCUCAGUUAGAAAUCCCUGUGGCUUGUCACAGCCGGCUGUGGCGUUGGUAUUUGGCUUUGUCUUUUCUGGGAGCUGGUUCUUGGGCCAACUGUGAAGUACAUUACUUCUCAAAAGAUGAAAAGUCUGGAGGAGCUGUGCGGGCUAGUUGUUGCAUUUUUUAUGGGCUGAGCAUAGCAGCGUUCAUGGUGUGUUGACCCACUUUAUUUCCAGGGGUCACUCUCAUAUGAGCCUGCUUUGUUAGCCCAUAGACUGUUGUCCUCCCGAUGCUGGACGUUCACCUAUUCUUGUGUGAACAUGCGUUAGAAGUAUGUGUCAGGAGAGCAUGACCUUUAGGUAAGGGUGUUGCGAUUUGAUUCCGUGUUUCACAUCACCCAGGAAAGCCAGGUACUUUUACAAGUUAAAAUAACUUUAUCAAACCGUCUAAAUUUCACGUUGGUAGCUAAAGAGAGAAUAUGGACUCAUGUAAAAACAAACAAAAAACACAAAACACCAGAAACAUGUGGUUUUUCUCCUUCCCUUAUAAAUUGACUCUACAAUCACGUUCCAGGGUUUACGAGUAGACCCCCAAACCCUGAGGACUUCUGGUCACACCCCUCCCCUCUGGAAUUCCCCACCAGAGCAAACCUAUUUCCCAAAAGGUGGUUAGGAAAUGUUCUAAGACAGUGGCUAGUGUCCUGUAGGAUCAAAGGCUUAAGUGAAAUUCAAGCGUUGUUGUGCUAAAGGUCUGAACUAGGCUUCCUUUUGAACAUACGUUAUUCAAGGCGCUGGCGAGAUGGCUCAGUGGCUAAAGCACUGCCGCUCAGUGAUCUGUCACUCAGUGAUCUGUCACUCAGUGAUCUGUCAGUCCAGUGAUCUGUCACUCAGUGAUCUGUCAGUCCAGCUGCAAGAGAUCCGACACCCUCUUGUGGGUUUCUUGGACACAAGGCACACACAUGGUGUAGAGAUACACAUGCAGGCAAAACCAGAAAACCCACCCCCAUAAAAAUAUAAAAUAACAUUUAAAGUACAUUAUUUGGGAAGUCUACACAUAGUAGAGCAUGUAACUACUACCAUAGUAGACGCAAAUGAGAUAGAAAGUUAACAGUGUCGCAUGCGAUGUGAUUCUAGAUACGUUGUGUGUGAGUACAAUGAGAAAAGAGCUAGAAAAAGUGUAAACCCAAUGCUGUAUACUCAUUCCGAAAGUGCAUUCUUCCUUUUACUAUUUCUUCUGGACUUUAAUGUAGUGGGACUGGAGAGAUGGCUUGGAAUGGAAGAGUGCUUGAUCUCCAAGGAGAAGGAUCUAAUUCCAAAUUCCCAGCAUCCAGGUAAAAAGCUAGGCAUGGAUGCACUUGUCUAUGACCCCAGCACUGGGCAGACACAGACAAAUCCUGAGAGUUUGCUGUCCAGCCAGCCUAACACAGGGCACAUAUUUCCACUUCAGUGAGAGACCUCAAGGCAACAAGGUUGAAAGUAAUAGAGAGCACCCAGUGUCCUGCUUUGACCUUCCCAUACCCUGCACACAAACACACAGACAUCACACACAGACACACACACACACAGACACACAGACACACACACACACAGACACACACACACACAGACACACACACACACAGACACACACACACACACACACACACACACAGAGACACACACACAGACACACACACACACACACACACACACACACACACACACACCGGCCUUACACCAAGUAAUCAGUGGGUGGUUGAUAUUAUGGGUGGGGUUUGUCAUUGCUCAGUAAUCCUGGAUGGCUGCUUCUUGCCUGAGGUCCCCACGUCCUAGUUUUGUCACCCUGUAUUACUGCCACCUUUUUGCUCAGCUUUGUACCUCAGCCUUCCUAGGGUCUUCUCUUUUGUGCCUGUCCUGCUCAAGCUCCACUGCUCUCCCAAGUCUUAGUUAUGCAAGACAAGUCCUGCUUAGGUACCACUUUCCAAGCCUGAGCUUUUAAGCAGAAAGCCUUUACUCUGUAAAUCUUGCAACCUGAGAACUUCCAGAAACCAGGGAGUUUCAUAAUUCAUACUGAUGGGAAAAUUGGCCUGAACUGAUCUGAGGUUAAUUGUAAUGUUUACUUAUUCUGUCUUAUAUGAAUAUGCAUAUUUUGCUACAGAAAUGUUAGUGUGCCUGAUUAGGGUUACUGAUCCAGAUUUGCAGGAUAUGUCAUGCCAGUCAUUUAUGGUGCAAAUGGAGGGUCACCUUCCAGAAAUACAAAAAUAUUGGUAUCUGAAAUGCAUCACAAAGUAAAUGUUUUAUAAAAACAAACUGAAUACAUGCCAAUGUUUUUGAUUCUUUGAUUUUUAUUUUAUGUGUACGUUUGAAUACCUUCAUGCAUGUAUGAACACCAUGGGUAUGUUUGGUGCCCUUGGAAUCCAGAAGAGGGCAUCUUGGAAUUGGAGUUACAGGAGGUUGUAGGCCACCGCAUGGGUGCUAAAGCCAGGUCUCCUGAAGCAGAAACACAUGCUCUAAACCUCUUGAGCCGUCUCUCCAGGUCCAUCAUGUUAACUGUUAUCCAAUUGCUAGGCAUCUUUGUUUGCAGUAAUAAUGGGAGAAUAUUCAGAGACAGCCUUCCAUGUAGUAUUUUUCAAGAUGGCACUUGCAUCAGUGUCCAGGGGAGAGAAGGGUGGGGAAGAACGGGAGGAAGAGGGAGCAAGAAAUACAAGGUUAGUGAGUAGUUGGGAAAUCUGUGGUGUUCAGGGUCAUGGUCUCAUGAUACAGUCAGCUAUUGUCUUAGGGUCUUCACAAAAUAAAUGGAAUUUAAGAGGCAAUAAUAAUCGCAAAGGGCAGCAGUGCCCGGCUCUGUGCAUUCAUACACGCGCCGGGCCUAUGUCUACGCAUGCAUGCCUGUAUGCUGUCUCCACAAAAAGAGUCUACCUACUGGUGUGUCAGGAAUGAACCCUGCAUCUAGAAACAGAGUGAGGAACCCUGGUGGGAGUGGCUUGUCAGAUAUUGCUCCAAAAUGCUGUCAUGCAGAUGCACCUUAGACCUAGUGCUCAGUUUUACACAGGUGUUGUAGGUUGCACUCACCCACCGUUAAAAGCAUCCUGGAGUCAGUCACAUUGCUAGCACCCAUCCAGUCCUUCACAGAUUCUCUAGUCAUAAUAUGGCUUUGCUGCAAGCAUCCUGAUCUGCUCCACCCUCACAGACUCAGUGAGAACCUGAAACCUGGGAAAACACUGGCACGGAACCCUAAGUGUGUCCUUUGUGAACGCAGCCCAUUAGGAAUGGCUUCAGGGCUAUCUCGGUGAUCUAUGAUGGAUGUUUUGUGUCCUGUUUUGCUUUCCACUUGGCACGGACACAUCAGAGCUAUGUAUUUUGCUACCAAAUUACUGCUCCUUUCAGGGUUACCAUAUGCCUUGUAACGAGAACAUCAGCUGGCUCUUCCAUCUUAUUUGUUAGUAAACAAAAGAGGAAGGAUAAUCUAAGAAGGUAAACAUUUAAAUUUGGGGUUGUCCAGAAGUGGGAUAUAUGGGUCUAAUGAGCCUAUAUGCUUUUUUUCUUUCUUAACUAUAAGUGAAGUUUUGACAUUGCAAGUAUACUGUCUUUUCUAUGGUCAUUCUUUUUGUCACACAGAAUACAUUUACAUUUUAGGCUGUGUAAGAACUUACAGUUAAACUGAUAGCAGCUUGUUCUGUGCACAGCUAUGCACAUUUCCCUUGUCACCUUAAUUCACUGAGGGCACUUAAGAGUUAAAGGAUAUUUAACUUGCUUCUUAAUAGACAUUGUGAAAUAUAUGGGAAAAUUUCAUCAUAAUUGUCUAGUGACUUCAUUUGUGAAUGAAGAAGUCCUGGGAACCUAUAGCUGUUUUGAUUUUUGCAGCCUUAGUGCCUAGGGCUUAUGCUAGAGACUAGUGAUUUCUUCCCUCUACCCUGCUUAUUGUUGAAAAGCCAGAGCUAUUUUUAACAUUCACACAAUUUUGAAAGACGAUUCUUCAUUCCACAAGGUUUGUUGCUAAAUCUGUGGAGCCUUUCAUAAUUACAUCCUUUUUGUGGUUUGCUUGAAUUUGAUCACAGUGGCUGAUUUCAUGCAUUGAUAAUGAAGGCUUAGGUUGCCUGUUUCUCGGCACAAAUCCACCUCCGACGCGAACGUUGACAGUGCUGCUGGUUUCAGCACGCGUAGAGAUCCAGAUUGAAACUGCUGCUCUGCUUUCUUAACAAAUGACUCAGAGCGCGUUCGUCCUUCCCUAAGAUGCUGCCAGCGUGUAAAGGAUUUUCAAUGAGAGUGAAAUAAGCCAGCCACGGGAAGGUUCUGAGCGGCACUGAUGUAGUGUGGGGCUGUCACGGAUAAUCAGGCUGGAGCCAAGUCCCGGUAGCACCGUACAUCACGCUGGCCGCAUCCUGGAAGUUUUGUUUAUCCAACUUGGUUGCUCGUGAAGCUGCUGAAAUCCCUGCCAGGAUGUGGAGUGGACUUCCCAGCAGAGGCAGCGCAUGCCACACCACUACCCUUCCUGCCCUCGUGCGCACACCCACCCUGAUGAUGCAGCCUUCGCUGGACAUCAAACCGUUCAUGUCUUUUCCAGUGGACAGUAGCUCUGCCGUGGGGCUCUUUCCAAACUUUAACACACCAUCUUUGUCCGUGGACUUGUGCCUGUUGGCUCUCAGAGCCCCUACGCAUACAGGACUGAGGAAGAGACCAGGCCAUCUAAAGGAGAAAAGAAGAGGCUUAUUUGGGACCAAUAAGUUCUGCCAGAUGGACCCUGUGCAGAAAGCAGUCAUUAACCACACAUUUGGAGUCUCCAUUCCCCCGAAGAAGAAACAAGUUAUUUCCUGUAACGUCUGUCAGCUUCGCUUUAACUCGGAUAGCCAGGCCGAGGCCCACUACAAAGGAAGUAAACAUGCCAAGAAGGUCAAAGCUCUAGAGGCAACGAAAAAUAAACCCAAAAUGGUUCCUUCCAAGGACAGCGCAAAGGCUAAUCCCAGCUGCUCCAUCAGGCCAGGCACAGGCGACAGCUCUGACAAAUCAGAAGACAAAGGGAAGAUAAAAGCCACCAGUUCCAGUCAGCCCUCAGGCUCCGAAGGAGGCUCCUUUCUCCUCAAAUCUGGCACAACACCCCUGCCACUUGGAGCCAUCGCUUCUCCCUCCAAGAGCACAAACGGCGCUCCAGGGUCUGUUGCUGAGUCAGAAGAAGAAAAAGCCAAAAAAUUACUCUACUGCUCACUAUGCAAGGUGGCUGUGAACUCCCUGUCACAGCUGGAGGCUCACAACACAGGAUCUAAACACAAGACCAUGGUUGAGGCUCGUAAUGGAGCUGGUCCAAUUAAGUCCUAUCCAAGACCUGGGUCAAGAUUAAAGGUGCAGAACGGCAGUAAGGGCUCAGGACUACAGAACAAAAUGUUUCAUUGUGAGAUCUGUGAUGUUCACGUGAACUCAGAGAUUCAACUCAAACAGCACAUUUCAAGCCGAAGGCAUAAAGACCGCGUGGCAGGAAAACCGCUGAAGCCGAAAUACAGCCCCUACAACAAGCUGCAGCGGAGCCCAAGCAUCUUAGCUGCAAAGCUUGCAUUCCAGAAAGAUCUGAUGAAGCCUCUGGCCCCUACGUUCCUGUCUUCACCCCUGGCGGCCGCAGCCGUGUCCUCUGCGCUGUCACUGCCACCUCGGCCAUCCGCCUCUCUGUUCCAGGCUGCAGCCAUCCCUCCUGCGCUGCUGAGGCCUGGCCACGGGCCCAUCCGGGCCACGCCCGCCUCCAUCCUCUUUGCCCCUUACUAAACACCCAGAGCCCGCGACAGGCCAGGCCAGUGGGAAGGUGUAGAAGAAAAGCCCAAAGGAUUCAGCAGUAUAAGCCCUGUGUGUGACUGUAAGUACCCCACCCACCCACUCACAAAGUGCAGGCCACCGCCCAGCCCCACCUCCAGGGACAAAAGGAGGCCAGGCUCAAGGGCGCGUCUCUUCCGGUGCCCUCUCCAUCCUACCCCAGCCAAUUGGUGUAUUUGAGAUACUUAAGUUUCUUGGAAAUAUAUUGAUCAGAGAAAGAAAACCGACCUUGUGUGUUCCCAUGGCGUAAUGAUCUGGCUUAGAAACAAAAUAGAAUCUCUUCCUGACAGACUUGAACAGUAGGCUCUUCCUCGGAUGUCUGUAAAUAACUCCAGAAUCCAAGCGGGCAUAUUCUAGUGUGGAACAAAAGUCCAUCGCAAGUGCUUAAUUGUGGAUACCAUCCUCCCCACGGCUCAUGGCGGUUUUUUUUUUUUUCUUUUCUGGUGUACUAGUGUCCACAGGGAUUGUGUACUGUUCUAGACCCGAGUACUGUUGUACCCUGCGUAGUACUAGAUCGUAACCCUCGUUGAAUUAAACUUUUUUUUUCAUUGCUGUGUAAUUGUUAGGAAGCAAAGUAGCUUUGAAAUUUUUUCUCUUUAAGAGAACAAAAGAUAAUGUAUUUUCUUUAUUUCAUGUUUUAUUUGGAGAUAUUUAAACGAAAUAGAAAGCCAUAUAACAUAGCUAUAAUUACUACCUGUUUGCUAUUUUUGUUUUUAACUUAUUUUUGUAGCAUCCUCACUGGUUUGAGUUGCUAAGCAAAUGUAUACAAAAAAGACAAACAAACAAAAAAAAAAAAACAAACAAAAACAAAAAAACAAAAAGAGCUUCCUAAAUUGCACAUUUUUGCACCUUCUGUGCAUCUGCAAGAAGACAGUGAAUCCGUGUAUUUCUACAUAAUGGUCUUCACUUUAAACUUCUGUUUUCCAUUGGUAACAAUGCUACAUAACUCUGUGGCUCCCUGAUGCAAUAAUGUACAGAAGAUAUAUAAUUUAUAAAUUGAACAAUCUGUCUUUCUGUUCAAUGACUGUGUCGCAGGUCAUGUGACCAUGCUUCCCCUCCCCCCUAGUAGCCCCCCCCCAAAAAAAAAA